AUGGCUAUGAGUCGUCGCAAUCGAGAUCUGCUCCUAUUUAAAACCCACGAAUUCCUCUUCUCUUCCCUGCUCGUCGCGUCCUUGGAUAUAUCGCUCCGGUCUAGUUUCCUUCGUACUUUCUCGAUUCAAGAUGUCUGCCUACGUCGGCCAAUAUCACGAUGAGCUAAUUGCCAAUGCUGCUUACAUUGGCACCCCUGGGAAGGGUAUCCUUGCUGCUGAUGAGUCGACUGGUACUAUAGGUAAGCGCCUUGCCAGUAUCAAUGUGGAGAAUGUUGAGGAAAACCGCCGUGCGCUCCGUGAGCUUCUCUUUUGCACACCCGGUGCCCUCCAAUACCUCAGUGGUGUUAUCCUCUUUGAGGAGACUCUCUACCAGAAAACUGCUGAUGGCAAGCCCUUUGUUGAUGUCCUCAAGGAGGGUGGAGUCCUUCCAGGAAUCAAGGUAGACUCAGGCACCGUUGAACUUGCUGGCACCAAUGGAGAAACCACUACCCAAGGACAUGAUGACCUUGGCAAGCGCUGCAAGAAGUACUAUGAGGCUGGUGCUCGCUUUGCCAAGUGGCGUGCUGUACUCAAGAUUGGUCCCAAUGAGCCAUCUCAAUUGUCAAUUGAUGCAAAUGCUAGUGGUCUGGCACGCUAUGCCAUCAUCUGCCAGGAGAAUGGCCUUGUCCCAAUUGUGGAGCCAGAGAUCCUAGUUGAUGGUCCACAUGAUAUCAAAAAGUGUGCUGAUGUAUCGGAGCGGGUGCUUGCUGCUUGCUACAAGGCGCUCAAUGACCACCAUGUGCUCUUGGAAGGAAGCCUGUUGAAACCAAACAUGGUUACUCCUGGGUCGGAGUCAGCAAAAGUGACUCCUGAGGUGGUUGCUGAGUACACUGUCCGAACUCUCCAGAGGACUGUUCCUGCUGCUGUUCCUGCUAUUGUUUUCCUUUCAGGAGGACAGAGUGAAGAGGAAGCUACUUUGAACUUGAAUGCCAUGAACAAGCUGGAGGGGAAGAAGCCGUGGUCACUUUCCUUCUCAUUCGGCCGUGCCCUGCAGCAAAGCACGCUUAAGGCAUGGCAAGGGAAGACUGAGAAUGUGGAGAAGGCAAGGGCUGCCUUACUCACCCGGUGCAAGGCCAACUCAGAGGCAACUCUGGGUGUCUACGAGGGCGAUGCCGCUGGAGGUGAAGGUGUCUCAGAGAGCCUUCAUGUCAAGGACUACAAGUAUUGAUUGUGCUCUUGCUCAUUCCGAAAGUACUCUUUAUGUUUAGGGUGUUAAGGCCUAGACAUCUUUUUCGUUGCUGCAUUAUGAGAUGUUCCUGAAUAAGCUGAGACUUUUUCCAUCGAAAUUACAGACUGCUUUAUAUGUUUCCUUGUAUGACUGUUUGCCUUAAUAUAAUGUUUUCAGUUUUUGUUGGCUUGGAUGUUUAA